GGGAUAUAUGUGUGUUGCGUCCACCAAACUCUCUAAUACCUAAGUCUUCCCUCCACCACAUACCCUUCUGCACCCUGCCGUUACCAUGGGCUCAACCGAACAACAACCUCCUGAGACGCUACUCAGCGUAGCUGCUAAGAUCACAGAAUAUGCACAACAACUUACAAAGGAGCUGGAAGCAGGCAAGGUCACACCAGUCACACUGGAAGCAGACAGCCCGAUCAAGUAUGAGUCGCUGCCAGGGAACUCGUUCUUCAUCAGACAACAACUCGAAGACGCACUCAAAGAUAUGUACAUUCUCAGCCAGGGACCAAGUGAGAGUACCUUCAACUACUGCCACACUGCUGUGCCAGAUAUCGCGACCCUGAACGUACUAAAUCAAUUCGAUUUCUGGAACGCUGUACCCUUGGAUGGAACAGCAACACACGAGCAAGUCGCAAAGCACACCAACCUCCCGGUCGAAGUCGUGCAGCGCACCCUCGACCAUGCAGUCACAAUGCGCUACUUUGCGCGCCCGGAACCCACAUCUACAUCUGUAAAGCACACAUCUCGUUCUGCAGCCCUUGCCAAGGACUCCGGACUCAAGGCACUUGUGCAAAUGGUUCUCGAUGAGACAUCUCCACCAAUGAUGCUAUUGCCAGAAGCUCUGCGCCAGUUCGCUGUUGGCAAAACCGAAACCAGCAGGAGCCAGAAGGAGACAGCUUUCCGAUUGUGCCAUUCUGGAGGUAUCUGGGGCAAUUACGACAAUACGUGGGAGUUCAUCGAGAAUGACGGUGAAGGCGAGAAGAGGGGAUGGCGGCAGAGGAACUUCAUCAAGUUCAUGGCGUACAUCAAGGAUCUGUUCAAGACUGAAAGCAUCGUUCUCGAUGCCAUCGACUGGAAGGCCGCGGGCGAGGCGACUGUUGUCGAUCUCGGCGGCUCAGCAGGUCACGACGACAUCUCGCUUGCGAAAGCCUACCCGAAUCUGAAGAUCGUGGUCCAGGACCUACCUCAAGUUGCCCCUGUAUUCGAGAAAGAGUUCCCCGCAGACUUGAAGUCUCGUGUCUCCUUCCGCACUCACAACCUCUUCGAUCCUCAGCCCAUCUCAGCCGACAUCUACAUCCUGAAAUGGAUCCUACACGACUGGCCCGACGUUGAAUCUACCGCUAUCCUCAAGGCACUUGUUCCUGCUCUCAAGCCCGGUGCGCGUGUAGUCUUCAUUGACUAUGUUGGCAAGAACGAUCCAAAUGAGGAUGCGUCGCUGCCGCACAGUAUGCGCGCGUUUGGUACGGCGACGGAUAUGCGUAUGAUGGCGCUGUUCAAUGCGAAGGAGAGGCCAAUUAGUGCGUGGAAGGAUAUCUUCAAGCAGGCGGAUGAGCGGUAUGAGGUUAGCAGUGUUAAGGCGGAUCCGUUGACGUUUAUGUGUGUAUUGGAGGCUACCUGGAGGGGUUAGAUCUUAUCAUAGGUAGUAGUGCAUGCGAAACAACGUGUUUUGAUGUUG